AUGAAUGAAGUCCCAUUCGAAAUCUCGGAUGAUGAAGAAAUGAGAGAUUCACAGCGACCAGAAUCUCCAUCCUAUUCGCCAGAAUCUCCAUCCUAUUCACCACUAUCUCCAAUUCCGCCACCUCCACCGUCUCCCCAUCAAGAAGACCAAGUCGACGUAUUAAUAAUAACAACGAUAUAG